AAACACAGCCAAAACAUCAUAGGACAAGAACAUAGAUCAGGUUCAACCUUGAAAAAACAACUUUAAUUUUCAACUUGAAGUGUUUGUGUACUUAUUUUCUUAUACCCUAAAGAGUAAAUAUGGUGAAAUCGAAUAUGGAAAAAAUUGCGGUGGAAAGAAGUGAUUCUUCAUUGUAUAGAGGAGUAAGGAAGAGAAAGUGGGGGAAAUAUGUGUCAGAAAUCAGGCUGCCAAACAGCCGCCAGAGAAUAUGGUUAGGUUCCUAUGACUCCGACGUGAAGGCGGCACGUGCAUUCGACGCAGCUAUGUUUUGCUUACGUGGCAGUGGUGCUAAGUUUAAUUUUCCUAAUGAUCCUCCGGAGAUUGCCGGAGGAAGGUCCAUGACACAUUCUGAGAUUAAGACCGCGGCAGCCCGUUUUGCCAAUUCGGGUCAAGUCAAUAAUGAGUAUUCGGGGCAACCCGAUAAUUCUACGAUCGAAACACCGUCUUGGUCACAGGGAACGACAUUCCUGCCAAUGGAUGGUGUUUCAACAUGUUAUACUCAGGUUGAAACACCAUCUUUAUUGGAGGGGACGACAACAACAUUGUUGUCGUCUCCUGCUCUAUCUGAUGUGACGGUUCAAACCGAUAGUGAUUUAGGAGAAAACGGGUUGUGUAAGGACUUGUUUUCAGAAACCGGGUUGGGUUACACUAUGUUUCCGGGUUUUUAUGAUUUUUGUGGCGAUUUUUAUGUGCCGGAGUUGACAAAUUUUGCUUAUGAAGAAGAGAACAUGGAUGGGUUGAUAAUACAAGAUUCAUUCUUAUGGAAUUUCUAAGUAAUUUCAUACGGUUGAGGAUAGUUUUAGUAUAUCCGAAAAUACUGACAAGAACUGGAUCCACAAUUCGGGUUUGGUUGCCAAUGUUUUGCCGUGAGAUUUUAAGUUGUAAUAUUUUGUGGAUAUAUGAAAUGAAUCAUGAAACAAUGUAAAGUGAUCUUUUUUAAGAUCACUAAAUGGCACCUUCUUUAAUAUGUAAAAGGAUAAGAUUUUUUUCGGUCAAA